CUAAUAUUUCAUCCCAGCAUGGGAGAUACAUUAUAAUUGACCCUAGAUAUUUUAAAAUGGGAAAAACUUCUAAGGAUAAACGUGAUAUAUAUUAUCGACAGGCCAAGGAGGAGGGCUGGAGGGCCAGGAGUGCUUUCAAGUUGCUCCACGUGGACGAGGCUUACGGCAUUCUAAAUGGAGUCCAGCGGGCCGUGGAUCUUUGUGCCGCUCCCGGCAGCUGGUCGCAAGUGCUUUCCCGGAAACUGUAUGAUCCCUGCCAAACGGACGACGAAAAAGCCGCCGUGAAGAUUAUAGCCGUAGAUCUGCAGGCUAUGGCUCCUAUACGUGGGAUAAUCCAGCUCCAGGGAGACAUCACAAAACAGUCCACCGCAGAAGCCAUCAUCGGUCAUUUUGGCGGAGAUGAGAAGGCACAACUGGUGGUCUGCGAUGGAGCACCUGAUGUCACUGGCGUCCACGAGAUGGACGAGUACAUGCAACACCAGUUGCUAGUGGCUGCCCUCAGCAUUGCCACCUGUGUGCUGGAAACUGGCGGUACUUUUGUGGCCAAGAUUUUCAAGGGCAACGCCACCUGGCUGCUCAGCUCCCAGAUGAAGAUAUUCUUUAAAAAGUUCGACAUCUACAAGCCGCCGAGUUCCCGCCCUUCGAGCAUUGAAGCGUUUGUGGUUUGCUCCGACUUCUGCCUGCCCGAUGGUUACAUUCCACAAGUGAUCAACCCGGCUAGAGAUGAUAUCCGCCUGCUGGCGCAGAAAACGGGAUCAGAUGUCAACCGGCGACUGGUCCCUUUCAUAGCUUGCGGAGAUCUGGGCGGACUAAGUGACCCUGAUGAGGGUAAAUCUUCCGCUUCAAAAGAAACAAAAUCGGACGUGCAAUAUGUUUACGAUGCUGUGAUGAGCGACGCAUCUUAUCCCUUGGAAUUCAAGGAAAUCUUAAAGGAAGUCUAUGAUGAACAAUUGCAAGUCAGCUAAAUAUCUCUGAAAUAAAACUUAAGAAAGCUA